AUGGUUGUUCUUGUUGUUUGGUGGAACUUGGUAUCCUCCUCCUCCUCCUCCUCCCGGAAUUGCAGGGACGAGGUCUCAAUCGAGCAUCUUGCGUCCUUGGUGCGAUCGUCCAGGGGAGAUUUGGCCCAGGCUAGACGCAUUCACGCUCUUGUCUCGUCGUCCCGCCAUUCGCACAACAUAUUCUUGGCGAAUCUCAUCGUGGAGAUGUAUGGAAAGUGUGGAUCCAUCAAGGAGGCGGUGGCGACCUUCGAUUCGAUCGCGCACCCGAAUGUCUUCUCGUGGAAUAUAAUGCUUCGGGCAUAUGCCUGUAACGGGCAUCUGCGAGACGCGAGGAGUCUUUUUCUUGUGAUUCCCGACAAAGAUAGCGUCACCUUUGCAACAAUGAUGCAAGCUUACGUCGAUUAUGGCGAGCUUGAUGAAGUGAAGUCCAUGUUUGAUGCAAUGCCAAUCAAAGAUGUGAUAGCGUGGACGACGAUGCUAACAGCAUAUGCCACUACAGGGCAUUUGGAGGAGGCCAAAGCGGUGUUUGAUACAAUGCCGCAACGCAAUGUGGUAACCUGGAAUGCAUUGCUUGUUGGGUAUUCUCGUAAUGGGAAGGUGGGGUUUGCGAAGAAAGUUUUUGAUCUGAUUCCACGGAAGAACACUUCUUCGUGGAAUGCUAUGUGUCAAGCGUAUGCCGAGAAUGGGCAUCUUGAUGAAUCUCGGAAGCUGUUUGAUGCUACGCCAGAUCGAGAUGUGGUGUCGUGGACGCAAAUGGUUGCGGCUUAUGUGAAAUCCGGAGACUUGAAGGAAGCGAAGAGCCUGUUUGAGAAGAUGCCGGACCGUAAUGCUGUGUCGUGGAAUGUGAUGAUCCAAGCUUAUGGCGAGAGAGGGGAUGUAGAUCGAGCAAAAGAGCUGUUUGAUAGGAUGGAGUUUAGAGAUGCUGGAUCGUGGAACUUGAUGCUUUCUGCUUAUGCUCAGAACGGGUAUCUCAAAGAAGCCAGGGAUUUGUUUGAGAGGAUGAUCCACCGGGACGUGGUGUCAUGGACGAUUUUAGUUGCCGCUUAUGCGCGGACGGGGAAUUUCUCUGCUUCAAAGGAUCUGUUUGAUCGAAUGCCGAAUCGUAAUGUGGUUUCGUGGAACUGUAUGAUCCAAGCUUUUGUGGAAGGCGGAAAACUUGAAGAGGCAGAGAAGCUUUUCUCGAGAAUGCCUGCAAGGGAUUCAGUUUCGUGGAAUGUAAUUUUCUCGGGAUAUGCCAACCAAAGAACUUUGAGAGAAGCUCUGGAGUUUUUCGAGAUCAUGCCAGCGAAAGACGAUGAAUUCACGAAAACCACAUUGAUCGCCGCGUACGGACGAGCCGGGCAGAUUGUUGAAGCCCAGAUUAUCUUUGAUGGGCUCAAAGAGGAGCACAAGGCUUGUGCAGUGCCUUGGAACGCAUUGCUCCAUGCGUACGGUCACAGCAGGAGGCUCGAGAAGGCCGCAAAGAUCUUUUCCGUACAAAAAAAGAAAGAUCUCGUCUCGUGGAAUAUCAUGCUCGCUGCAUAUACCCAAUGCGGAUAUAUACGAGAAUGUGAAAGGCUACUUGCCGCGAUGCCUUUUCACCACGACAUUUUCACCUUGACCACGAUGGUAACAGCCUAUGGUAAAGGUGGCAAGCUGAAACUGGCCAAAGAAACGUUUGAGAAGAUCCCUGUUAAGAACCCAGUAGCCUAUACUGCCAUGGUUUGGGCAUAUGCCAAAGCCGGGCAUGCUUCGAAAGCAAAGAAGCUGCUCGUUGAGAUGCAGGCCGCGUUGCCGUCACCUGGUACGUACGGAGAGAUGGACGCUUCAAAUACGUUGUACCACCAGUUCGGAAGCUUGUUCAUACAUGGAAAGUAA